AUGCCUAAGGGAGAUGGCGAACCCGAGGGGAAAACAGCCUUGGCGGGGCAAGGGCGCACUGCCCCACUGGACAGAUCAACACGACCCAACUCGUGGGAAGGAAGAUGGGACAAAAAAAGAAAAACAAAAAAGGCGGAAGAGAGAGCAGCGGGGGCGAAAAAGAAAACAGAAGAGGCGGAGAAAAAGAAAGGGACGAGAAUCAAGGGGAGAAAAGAUGGAGAAGAGAAGUGGAAGAAAAGGAAGACCCCGGAUCUAGAACCAGCGCAAACAGAAGCAAGGGAAAAGAAAGAGAAGAGUCAAAGGAAAGAAAACGCAAGGGAAGAAGGGGAAUCGAGCAGCUCUGACAGCAGUUCCGAUGAUGAAUCGGAGGAGGAGGAGCAAACACCCAACUGUAAUGCAAGAACAAAGUUGGAACGCCUCCAGGAUAGUGUAGCGGCCCUUGAAAAACUCAUUGUUGAGGUGCCAAAUACAAGGGUUGCCAUAAAGCAGGAGGUCGACAACCUGAGAAACCGGUUGUUCGAUUAUACCGAGGAACUGGAGGAAAGAAAGAAGAAAGAAGAGGUUCCAAGGAAGUCUGUUUGCACGACAUCCAGAGGUGUGCAGACGAACAUGCAGCCUUUGAAAGUCAAGAAAAUGGCGACAAUGGGUGUUCAAGUGGACCUAGAGAACCCAGAAGCCAUUAAAAGGAGGGUGGACGCCAUCACGGAAAAAAUGGCAAUAUGCGAGUACGAGGAAAUAACAGAGUUCUUAAAUGAGGAUUGGCCGGAGGAAGUCUUCCAAAGAACUGAAGUGAAAGAGGGGGACAUCUCUGAUAUAGCAGCAGACGUGGCAGUAUUUGUUACCAACAACGACCAGGACAAAAAAGCCAGCGUCUCUUUGUUGUUUUAUAACCUACAAAAAUUGAGUCUCUCGGUAGCCGCCGAAGAGACAAGACGUGCAGAGUGCGGACGAGCAGCAGUAGCAGCGCAACAAGUCGAGGAGAGGGAAGUGCUUUGGUGUAACGUACUUCUUAGUACGGCUGUGAAUGGAGCCAACCCUGAAGUCGAUGUGGUGUCGGGCCAAUCGGCUGAAAAAAAGGCUUCUUCUAAAAAGUUAGGUUACCGCUCCCAACCAAAGAUGACACGAGUCAGAUCUCGGUCACCCCCCAGAUCCAAGGCGCUUUCCCCGCCAAGAUAUGCAGACUCUAAAGAGUCCCUCCUGUUACAGCACCCUGAAGAGAGCAGCGAUGACCACUCGAGCGACCAGGAAGAUGGAAAAGACGGUUUUACGAUCCAAAAUCGUAGAAUAAGAAAAAAGAAAAAGAAGUCAAAAGGCAAGGACUCCACGCAGAACGUCGAAACCACCGAGAACGUCACCGAAGCCACCCAGGAAGUCGAGGAUUCCCAGAACAUCGAGGCCACCCAGGAAGUCGAGGACAUGGACGAAGACGUCCCAGGCGCCGAAGGCGGGGGCACUACCAAACGUCAGCGGGUUGAAGAGGAUGCCGCCAGCGAAGACGAGCUGACAAAGGCCAACGCAGAAAUCAACCGACUCAGAACCCUGAUGAAAGAAUUUGCAGCAAACGUUGAUGCAAACAACAAAAAAUACGAAGAGGUGAUCGCACAACAGAAGGCAGAGAUCAAAGAGCUGAAUACGGAGAUUCGACGAAUGAGCGAAAAGAUGGAUGCCAGAUUCGACGAGUUGAUAGCUCUCCAGAAACAACUCGCAAAGAAAUCGGAGAAGAAAAACCCCGAAAAGACGGACAAAAAGCCACCAAUUUUUCUAAUUGUAACAUUUAGCGGGGCACUUUUAGAAAAUGGAAAGAAAGGAUAA